GCACUCUCUGAAUAUUUCAACAUUUUUCCUCUGUUUCUAUGACACACCUUGCUGUUGCUGGGAUAUCCCGACCUGUUGCUGUCUGUAUGACUUCCUAAUCCUGCUUGUCGAGACUACAUCAGUGUGCUCCGUGAAUGUCACUAUAGUGGCAUUCACUGUGCGAAAUGAAGCUGCUCGCUCCCCUCACACACUAUCUUGCCAUCCUUGUAUUAUCGACCCAUUUGGCCCUGUCCCUGCCAUACCUUGAAGAGGAAGCAGAUUGGAAUCUCAACCAAAACCAAACAGCGACAAACCCCCUCGACUACUCAGGCCAGUGGGAUGGCCACACAUACAACCCUUCGCCGGAUAACUGGCGGUUUCCGUUCUACACCAUAUUCCUCGACCGAUUUGUGAACGGCGAUCCAAGUAACGAUGAUGCGAACGGUACGCAGUGGGAACACAUCCUGACCUCCAACCAGUUCCGCCAUGGGGGCGAUGUCCUUGGCUUGGUUGAUACUUUCGAUUACCUCCAAGGCAUGGGGAUCAAGGGCGUCUAUCUUGCCGGGACCCCGUACAUCAACUGGCCAUGGGGCGCGGACGGAUACUCGCCGCUGGAUCUGACCCUGAUGGAUCACCACUUCGGGACGAUUGAGGACUGGCGCACCAUGAUAUCAGAGGCUCAUCGGCGCGGGCUCUAUGUCCUCUUUGACAAUACUUUCGCGACAAUGGGCGAUCUUAUCGGUUUUCAGGGUUAUCUAAACCGGUCCGCACCGAUCAACCCCAGCGAGUAUGACUUUGUAUGGAAGUACGAUCGGCGAUACUGGGACUUUCAGCCGGGAAAUGAGGUUGAGGCUGAGUGUCCCUGGGAGUAUCCUCGAUUCUGGAAUGAUGACGCGACUGGCUUGACCACCACUACCCUUGGCGCUUCAUGUCGGAAUAGCGAGUUCGAUCAGUAUGGUGAAGUCGCUGCCUUUGGAAACUACACAGAAUGGGAAGGGCAGAUCUCCAAGUUCGCGUUUGUGCAGGACCGUCUGCGUGGAUGGCGCCCGGACGUUCUGGCGAAGAUCAAACAUUUCUCAUGCCUGACCAUUACCAUGCUUGACAUUGAUGGAUUCCGUGUAGACAAGGCCCUUCAAGUGACAUUGGACUCUCUGGGCGAGUGGUCGGAGGCGAUGCGGUCAUGCGCCCAGCAGGUGGGAAAAGACAACUUCUACCUCCCCGGCGAAAUUGUGUCGGGCAACGCCUUCGGCUCUCUGUACAUCGGUCGCGGCCACCAGACGAAUCAAACCAUCUCUAAUCUCACCGAAGCAUUUAUGAUGACCAACAAGACCGAUAAGGCGCAACAAGAUCUUUUCCUCCGACCCGCCGAGAAGUCCGCGUUGGAUGGGGCGGCCUUCCACUACACCUUGUACCGAGGUCUGAGUCGGUUUUUAGGCUUGGAUGGCACCUACACGGCCGAAGGUGACCCACCGGUCAACUUUGUGGAAACCUGGAAUGGUCUUGUACAGACUAAUGACAUGGUGAACACGAACUCCGGCAAAUUCGACCCUCGCCACCUGUUUGGCGUCACCAACCAGGACGUUUUCCGUUGGCCGGCGAUCGAGAACGGCACCCACAGGCAAAACCUGGGGAUGUACGUCGUUACCCUCCUCAUGCCGGGGAUUCCCAUUCUCUCAUGGGGGGAGGAACAGGAUUUCUAUGUCCUGGACAAUCAGGCCGAUAACUAUAUUUUCGGUCGUGGCCCCAUGUCCUCUGCGCAGGCUUGGCAACUUCAUGGAUGCUACAAGAUCGGCUCGUCCAAAUACGUGAACUUUCCGCUCGACCGCGCCCUGACUGGAUGUGAUGAUGACUCUGUCAGUCUCGACCACCGCGAUCCAUCUCACCCGGUCCGGGGUCUCAUCAAGAUGAUGUUCGAGAUGCGGCAGAAUUACCCCGUGCUCAACGACGGCUGGUAUCUGCAACAGCUGUCCAACCACACUUUUGACAUCUAUCUGCCCGGCAGUAAUGGAACCCCGACCGAGACGGGCAUGUGGAGUGUGAUGCGGUCGCGCUUUGUGGAUCUACAGAAUUUUGACGGUCAGGGCCAGGGCAAUCAGAGUGUUUGGCUGGUAUACUCGAACGACAAUAAAACAGUCAACCACCAAUUCAACUGUAGCGCCAAGGACGCGUUGAUCUCGCCGUUUCCAGCAGGGACCACUGUCAAGAAUCUCUUUCCCCCGUUCGAUGAGUACACACUGGUCAACAGCUCCCAGACUCUCGGAUUCGAAGGGUCAAAGUUGCCGAAUGGGUGCUACCCCAAUCUAACAAUGCCAGCGUAUGGCUUCAAAGCUUUUGUGCCGAAGAGCAAAUUCGUGCAGCCGUCUCCGUACAUCACCCGCUUCACUCCGGGCCACGACGCCCGUCUGUUGGCCAAUUCAACGGACGGGGAGACUGUACGGAUUGGCUUUGAGUUCUCCCAAAAGAUGGACUGUGAGGAGAUUACCAAUUCGCUCACUAUCAUCUCCAAAGCUCUCAACGACGAGACCGCUAAGCUUGAAACAGGCUCGGUUUCUUGCACAUCCAUUGCAGAGACCGAGUUGGUGACAUGGCCUGGGGCACUGACUAGUGUCUUCAGCUACGAAGCAGAGUUGAGCAAUGUUUUCCCUGGUGUCCACCAAAUCACCAUUAGUAAUGUUACCACUGCCGAAGGGAACCGAUCCACAAAUUCCGUAGACCACUUUCUUUUCCGGAUUGGGGAGACGAACAACCCCAUGGUCUGGCCCCAGCUGGCUAACUACAGCAGGAACCUCCUGUUCGAGACCCCAUCGUCUGAGUCUGGUGCCUUGUCUGUAAUGCCCCAGGCCCCGGGUGCAGACAUGUGGCGCUACUCGCUGGAUUUUGGAGCCACGUUCAGUAAUUGGAUGACCUACUCGGGCUUCAAUACGUCCAUCCCCGGCAAGAAUUGGACCGGACCCGCGUCCCAGGCCUGGGACGGAGAGCACAUCAUCGCGCAGUACUGGAGCAAGUUGACCGGCAGCAGCGAUCACUGGCAACAUGGAGACGCUCAGUGGGAGUACAAACCCCCCCGUCGCUUCCCCAACCUCUUCAUUGAGGGCGACUUCAAUCAAUUUGGUUAUGAUGCCGGUUACUCGAACAAAAUGUCUCUCAGCAACCUCACCGGUCGGUGGGAAAUCCACUUUAUGGGCGAGUGGCCGGUGCAGGUGGCUUUCAAUGCCUGGGGCAUUAACGAGGACGGGGUGCUCGAUCAAACCCAGGUCUUUGGAGAUCUAGACGGGGAUAAUGUUUUAGAUCAAGUCCCGCCCAUCACGCUGCUCAGCAAUGUCUUCAAUGUGACCAUCCCGCCGCCGUCUCCUUAUCUUGCUUUUAAGCUCUCGGUGGAUGACAGCGAGCUCAAAGUCUACGCUACCCCCACGGGAUCGCGGUGGGUUCAGCUCGCCCUGUUUAUUCUGCUGGCCAUCCUUCCUGUCUCUACUGCGGUCGGCGCAGUAUAUGUUUACCUGAAAGCGUUUUACCAGGUCAAGUUCAACCAGAUCGGCGUUACAGAGAAGCGGUCGGGCUUUGCUCCACUGAUAGGGAUCUUUCAGAAGAAAACGCGUCCUUACGACCGCGAAGCUGGUCUCACAAUAGCUGGGGCCACUGUUAGCCCGUCAGUAUCUGACAAUGGCAGUGUUGUCGGUGCGGUCAUGGAGAUGCGGCGAAGGACCGUUCUGAUUGCGACCAUGGAAUACGAUAUCGAGGACUGGGCCAUCAAGAUCAAAAUCGGUGGACUGGGCGUGAUGGCGCAGCUCAUGGGCAAGCAUUUAUCCCACCAGGACUUGAUCUGGGUGGUGCCCUGUGUCGGCGGGGUGGAUUACCCCAGGGAUGACCCCCAGGAGCCGAUGGUGGUCACUGUUCUGGGUAAUAAGUACCAGGUCGACGUGCAAUAUCAUCGGCUGUACAAUAUCACCUACGUGCUGUUGGACGCGCCGGUCUUCCGCGCGCAGUCAAAAUCCGAUCCCUACCCAGCGCGCAUGGACGACCUAGAUUCGGCCAUUUUCUAUUCUGCUUGGAAUCAAUGCAUUGCUGAGGCCAUCAAGCGAUUCCCGUCUAUUGACCUCUACCACAUUAAUGACUACCAUGGCGCAGCCGCCCCACUCUAUCUUCUCCCUCGCACGAUUCCAUGCUGCCUGUCCCUGCACAAUGCUGAAUUUCAAGGUCUGUGGCCAAUGCAAACGGUACAGCAGAUCCAAGAGGUCUGCCGCGUGUUCAAUCUGGAUCAAGCCGUGGUUAAGAAGUACAUUCAGUUCGGUGAUGUCUUCAACCUGCUCCACUGUGCUGCCAACUACCUCAAAAUCCACCAAAAUGGAUUCGGAGCCGUCGGUGUGUCGAAGAAAUACGGCAAGCGAUCUUAUGCCCGGUACCCCAUCUUCUGGGGCCUCAAGAGCAUCGGCGCCCUGCCCAACCCUGAUCCCUCUGACCUGGCGGAGUGGAAUAGCAACGCCACCAAUAACCCCGAGGACGUGACCAUCGAUGCAGAAUUCGAAGCCAGCCGUGCCCCACUCAAGAGACAGGCGCAAGAAUGGGCCGGGCUCAAAGUCGACCCGCAGGCUGAACUGUUUGUGUUUGUUGGACGGUGGUCGAUGCAGAAGGGGGUGGAUCUGAUCGCGGACAUCUUCCCCUCGAUUCUGGAUGCACACCCAAAAGUCCAGCUCAUCUGCAUUGGGCCGGUCAUCGAUCUGUACGGGCGGUUCGCUGCGCUGAAACUGCAUCGACUCAUGGAGCUUUAUCCCGACCGGGUGUAUUCCAAGCCCGAGUUCACGGCUUUGCCGCCGUUCAUUUUUAGUGGUGCUGAGUUCGCCUUGAUUCCGUCGCGAGAUGAACCAUUCGGGCUGGUGGCAGUCGAGUUUGGACGGAAGGGAGCGUUGGGCGUGGGAUCACGUGUCGGUGGUCUUGGACAGAUGCCGGGAUGGUGGUUCACGAUUGAAUCCAUGACGACCAAGCAUCUCACCCAUCAAUUCAAACUGGCUAUCAACGACGCCCUGCGAUCAUCCCAGGAGACUCGAGCGUUGAUGCGCGCGCGAUCCGGUAAGCAGCGAUUCCCCGUCGCGCAGUGGGUGGAGGAUCUCGGUAUCCUGCAAACCACCUCCAUCCGUAAGCAUGAGAAGCACUCGAAACGCCACGAGCGCAGCUCCUGGAGAAUCUCCAGUACCAGCACGCUUGUUCCCGACCGCAGUCGCAACUUUCACCUCUCGUCGAGUCCCGACACCAGCCGCGAACAGAGCCGAUCGCGCAGCUCCACCAUCUCACGUCCGCCCAGCAGGGCUGUCAACGCCGACUUGAGACCAGGGCCGCCUCGACCCGGCCAUAGUCGUGGCCCCUCGCUGCCGGCAAUCCUGCCUUCUAGUCUCAGUCUGACUAACAAUGACCCGGAGACCGAGACCGAGUCAAGGCGCAGACCCUUGUCGUCCAUCCCCCGCACAGGGCCUCGAGUCGUCUACUCCUUGGAGAACGAGGGAGAAGAGCUCGAGAACAUGUCUCCAGCGCCCCAGACGCCGCCCAACUUCGCUAAUUCUGGUGCCAGCACUCCGACCCUGGGUGGUGGGCCCGACGAUGGAUUGUUAGGUCGCCGGAACCCCAAUUUGUCCAUGAUGAGUCUGGUCAGCGUGGAUGACAUCGUUAGGGAGAAGCAGGACUACAAUCUCCAAAAGGUUAGCCCAUUCUUCACGGAUGUCAACCACGAAUACGCGGAUAAGUUCGAGAAGAAGCUGGCCGACCUCAACGGGAAGAACUCCGAAGACCAACUGUGUAUCGAAGAGUUCAUCGAGAAGAGCGAGAAGGACUGGUUCAACCGCUAUCGUGACGUCAAAUUGGGCAAGUCCCCGCUACCUUCGCCAUCGCCUUCGGUCUUUCGCUUCAAGCUCAACGACAAUAGUCCUCCACCCACCCCGGGUGUUAUGGGUCCUGUGGAAGACCCUAAUGCUGGGCAGUUUCUGCUUCCGAAGGACUACGUUCCUCCCACGGGACUGAAGCGCUUCAUGUUAAUGAAGCUUGGGGAUUGGCCUGUGUAUUCCCUUGUCCUCGCUAUUGGUCAAAUCCUGGCCUUGAACUCCUACCAAAUCACACUGUUGAACGGACAGAUUGGAGAAACGGCCGAGAAGCUAUACACCCUGGCGUCGAUUUAUCUUGGCUCCUCGAUUGUAUGGUGGAUGGCCUUCCGCCUCGUCCCGUCGGUCUAUGUCUUGUCAAUUCCUUUCUUGAUGUACGGAUUCGCCUUUCUCUUCGUUGGAGUCGCCGGUCCCAUCUCCGACGCCACUAGUCAGACCUGGCUGCAGAACGUGGGAACCGGCUUCUAUUCUUUUGCGUCUUCGAGCGGAUCGAUUUUCUUUGCCCUCAACUUUGGUGACGAAGGUGGAGCACCCCUCAGCUCGUGGAUCUAUCGUGCCUCUGUUAUCCAAGGCAGCCAGCAGCUCUGCAUCAGUUUCCUCUGGUACUGGGGAAGCUGGAUGGCGAGCCUCAACCAAGAGGGCAGCACCCAAUACAGCCUUAGCAUGACCAAUCCUCACGCUUUGCUCGGGAUUGGUGUUGGUCUCGCGUGUUUCCUUUGGCUAUUGGGAGCUCUGGUCUUCUUUGGCCUUCCGUCAUACUAUCGCCAGACGCCGGGUCAAGUGCCGACAUUCUACUUGUCGCUCUUCCGGCGUCGCAUAAUCCUUUGGUUCUUCUACAUGGUCUUCAUCUCCAACUACUGGCUGUCGGCGCCGUAUGGGCGCAACUGGCUCUAUCUCUGGUCCAGCAAACAUGCCAAGGUGUGGCAGAUCGUGCUCCUCGUCCUCUUCUUCUUUAUUGUUGUCUGGGCCGCCGCUCUUUGGAUCUUCCAUGUCCUCUCCAAGCGACAUGUCUGGUUCAUCCCCAUCUUUGCGAUCGGGCUGGGCGCCCCGCGCUGGGCUCAGAUGCUGUGGUCAACCUCCAACAUUGCGACGUACAUUCCCUGGGCGGGGGGUCCAGUAGCUGGAGCCCUUCUGGGUCGAGCCCUAUGGCUCUGGCUGGGCGUGUUAGACAGCCUUCAGGGUGUUGGAUUCGGAAUGAUCCUCCUGAACACGAUGACUCGCUUCCAUGUCACCUUCACACUUUUGGCGGCGCAGGUGGUCGGCUCCGUGGCAACAAUUCUCGCCCGCGCCACGGCACCGGAUAAACUGGGCCCGGGGGAUGUGUUCCCGGACUUCUCAGCGGGCGUCAGUGCUGGACUGAGUAAGGCCGACUUUUGGGUUUGUUUGUUGUUGAUGCUGUCCAUCAACGUGCUUUGCAUCUUCUUCUAUCGGAAGGAGCAGCUUUCGAAGCCUUGAAUGCAUUUUUCUAUUGAUUCUUGACUAGCGUUGGUUUGGUUAGUCGAUUUGUUUAUUUAUUAAUGUGUAUAGCUGGUUGACAGAGUCUGCCACCGAGGUUGCAUUGUCUAUAACUGGGUAUAUAUAUGGGGAGUUGUAU